GGUGUACAAGGGAAGAAAGUGCUAAGCAAGCCUAAUUUGAAGGAAGAUGAUGAUAAAUCGGGUCCUAUUUUUAUCAUAGUCCCAAAUGGAAAAGAACAGAGGAUGAAAGAGGAGAAAGGUCUGAAGGUGUUAAAGUGGAAUUUCACUACUCCCCGUGAUGAAUAUAUUGAACAGCUAAAAACUCAGAUGUCCACUUGUGUGGCCAAAUGGCUACAGGAUGAGAUGUUUCAUGCAGACUUUCAGCACCACAACAAAGCACUGGCUGUUAUGAUUGAGGUGAGUUUGUCUCUGUG